AUGAGUGCACCUGCGCUAAAAGGUUACGUUUCGUCACGUGAUUUUGUUGAUAUUCGUCGCGUACAUUUCGAUUCGGCUAUACAAACGUAUACUGGAGUGUUCGUUUCCGUUGAGUCUCAUGCUUGUCCAGCACACGCUAACAAGAAAAUCGUCAGAGGUACGAAUGGACCAAGCUGCAUACGCGCAAUCGGCGAUGCUACGUCUGGAAAAUCUUACAUGGAAUGGAUUAUGCGCACUGAUCUGAAAGGAGGCCUUCCAAGACGUUUGAUUCAGUCAACAAUGCUCACAUACUUCAUUGAUCAUGUUACUCGUUUACGUGAGUAUAUCGAUAGACAGUCCGUAACAACUGCAGCGAGCUGA